AAACUGCUGGUCCGUUGUUAUCUUGACGUACGAGGCGAUAUGUCCGACGAAGAGGAGAAGGAUGCAGCAGCGGUGGCGGCGGUCCUUCCGUCGACGACGAGGGGAGUUCAGCCGAGGCAGCCUCUCUCCAUCCACAUCCACGACACGUCCAACUCGUUGUCGAGACGCGCGACCAUCUCGACGGUGUCGUCCCGCAUCCCCGUGUUGCGAUGCACCAGUCCACCAAAGAUGACCCUUCAUCCUCAGUCAAAGCAGCUAUCGUUCAAAGAACAGGACGAGAAACUCGUCGACUCCACGACUACAGAGAGUGCUGUGUUGUUCGAGAUCCUUCAAGGAGCAGACCCCGUUAGUGUGGAAUGCUUGGAGAUUGGUCGGUCUAUCACGAGCGACGUUGUCAAGCCAUCAUUGUGGAAGUUGAAGUCCCUUGACACGCUGAGCUCGUUGACGAACGUCGUGACGCUCGACGUGAGUGGCCAUAGCAUCUACACCAUGGACGGGUUGGACCUUUUUGUGCACCUCCAGCAUUUAAACCUGGCCCGGAACAACAUCAAAGUGCUCAAGCUGCCGAAACCAUGUGUGCUGGAAACGCUGGACGUGUCUGGCAACUACAUCAGUCACAUUCCAAAGUCGAUCCAACAACUCACACGCUUGCAAUGCCUGAAUCUGUCUGGCAAUGGUUUGGCUGUGCUCAAACAAGUGGAAAUCCUCGCGCCACUGAUCAACUUGCACACGCUGCACCUGUGCGCCAACCCGCUGUCGGUACUUCAAAGCUACCGAGACUAUGUUGUGUUUACGCUCUUGGCGUUGUCCACCCUCGACGGCCAGCCCAUCACUGUGGACCAGCGAGAGAGGAGCCGUCGACGGUUCACGGGUCCGUUACCCCAUGACGAAAUCCGUCGAGAGUCGGAUCGGUUGAUCCACCAAGAUCAACUCGAGCUCGAGGAGAAGCAAGACUUGUUGGAAGCUGAAAACGCAAGGUUGAAAACAGAACUGCACGUCAAGUCGCAACUGCUAGACAACAAGUCCAAGGAAUGGUCCAGUGCCACGCAUCAACUGCUCCAAGUCGAGCAGGAACUCGCCAUGAUCCACAUCGACCGCAACUUGCCCGACAGCCCCACGCACCAACGCUACAGCGCCCUCCACGACCACGUGAAUCACCACCUCGGCCAUCCCAACACGACACACAAAGACGGAACCUGUGCAGACCAACACUCUUCCGCCUUGUCGUCGACGCCCGCCGGCGCUUUUGACGGUAACGCCCUCCGUCUUGUGCAUCAAGUAUCGGUCCUUCGUCAAAAUCAGGACUCGAUGAGGGCCGAGCGGUCGGACGUGGCGGCGGAAGCCACCGCCAUUCGCAACGAAAUCGUGCUCCUUGACAACGAAAUCUCCGUGCUCAAGCAGGCGCUAGUGGGCGAGCAGCACACCCACACGUCGUCCAUGGAACAGACACGGGACGACCCGACGUACUUUUACGACGACGGACGGGCGCGACUCGAGGAGCUGCAGACGCAAAUCGCAUUUGCCGACGUCGAAGCCUCCGAACUCGAACAGCGCUUGGUGCAAAAGACAAAGGAAAUGCUCGUGGCGGAUUUGCGGGUGUCGUCCGCCACGGCGCCGCCACGUCAUCCGAGGGAUGGACGGGGACACGAGAGGCAGCGGAUGGUGGGUGUGUUUGACAAGGAGAUCUCCGCCUUGAGCUAUAAACUUGAGCGCAUGACCACUCAAAAAGCAGAAUGGGUCGACGAGCUGCACAAACUUCAAACGUCGACGCAGCUGCCCGUGCUCCGGUUAAAGCAAGUCGAGAAGCAUUGCCCGACCAGUCCCCGCGACGCCCUUCGCAAAACGUUUCGGAAAUGCGAGGACACGGCGGCUAUUCCCCCCGAAACGAGUCUGUUUACCAUGCUCGUGAGUGAAAAGCUGGCGCAUUUGCAAGCGCUGCAGCAGCGUCGGCUGGACUUGGUGGACAUGCUCAUGACAAGAGAGGCCACCCUUCAAGCGCUGGAAGACCAUUUAGCGCGCAUUGAUAAGGAGCUCGCCGACAUUGGACAUACCCCAACCUCCGAUCCAACCCACAACAACAACCAGUCCCCGUCGACCGCGAAUCCAUUUGCGCUCACAUCGCCGCAGGCCAUCCUGGACCACUUGAAGCAGCAUGUGCUCGCCCAUGUCUCGACAGAGUUGAGCAAGAAGGACGACCAGCCCAGUAGUUCGUCCCCCAAUGCUUCGCCCUCCCGUCGGUCCCCUCUACAUCGAAAUUCCGCCGAGAAACCAACCAAUCCAUAUUACGCCUACGUCCCCAACUACCACAUCGUGCCAGGAGUGGACUUGAUGUCUGCCAAUUACACGUUGUUGAGUAGUGCCACAGGGCCAUUCGCAUUCGAUGUCCACACACGGCUGCUCUUGGCAUGUAAGAAACUGCAGCAAACUGAACGGACGACAUUGAUUGACGCGACCACAUACAUGGACAUGGACCCACAGUCGACUACGAAUCGAUUGGCCAGUCGAUUGGAAGUGACGUUGAUCGCAGCAACCAACUUGCCGCGCACGCGUCGAUUGCACAGCACAUGUGACCCGUAUGUCCUUUUGCACUUGGAGCACCAAAACAUUGAAAGCGGUCAAUGGGAACGGUACCACCCCACCAACGCAUAUCGGAGCAACACCAAGCCCAACACGUUGUACCCGUUGUGGGAAGAACCGUUUGUGUUUACACCCAUCGAGUCCAUGUCCACGAGAGUGUGCAUCACCGUCAUGGACGACAAGAAGACCGCGGACCGACACGAAAAACUCGGUGACACCUCUAUCGAAUUGCGGUCGCUGCUCGAUCAAAAGCGGCGAGUGGCGUGGUACCCGCUGUCGCCGGCGCAGUCAAAAGACCGACCCCAACCCGCCGUACGCCUUCGAUUGCGGUUCCUGUACAACAAGGCGGACCGAUUGAGGCGGGCAGUUGAUCGCCUUGUCGCAGAGUUUACUGCUGAACGGCACGACUUGCCUUGGUUUUUGACUUUAAGUACAGACCCGAUCACGAGUGGCGAGUCUACUCAAGUACCAUCAGAACCAUCAGAACCUCCAUUCGAGACUUCGACCAGUACAAAGCCGCCAUUUCGAUUGGACUUCAAGCAGGACGCAACAAUUCCUUCUAGUCCGUUUACGUUGUCCUCCCAACAAGAGGUCCUAGCUUCACAUGGACCAACAAGGACGGGGAGACCGAAACUAGAACAACCUAUGGACGCAUACCGAGAAAUAUUCCAAGCUCGAAAGAUGUACCCAAAAGUCAAAGCCAAGCGCAUUGAUGCUUUGACCGAGACAGUCCAUACCAUCCGCACCGCGUGGCCGAUGUCGUCAAAGCUAUGCCAGUUAACUUUAAGAUCUUCAGACAACCAUCACAGGCUCCUCGGGACACAACUCAAGCCAUUCCCGACCGAUAUUUCGGCCUUACAACAGAUAAAUCGGAGAGACUCAAACAAAUGUUUGGGAAAAUGAACAACGACAGUCGAAAGUACCAUGGCCACGCGGUCGGAUUUCAAUGGCACAAGGCGCACCUGACGAAGUCGUAGGCUAAUUAUACUGCUAGUAUUUAAGUUUUGUUCUCUACAGUGUGUAAUUCUACUGCUAUUAACGACGUUACUACGUACCGG